GGAAAACAUCCAGAUCCCGAUCUAGCGCACUCCACUCCACUCCCCUGAAAAAACAAAACAAACAGUGCGCGCUCCACUCCCCGUCACGCGACCCGUCGACGAACGGCCGCGCCCAUCGAGCGCACCGCCGGCGCCCUCCCCUCCCCUCCGCCGGGCCUUGUUGCCGUAGUGCUGUGCAACGUCCCCGUGCGACGAGCCAAUGAUGGCCAGAGCUGCACUUCUUCCUGUUGCGUUGCUGAUGUACCUUGCACUGGCCGGCAGUGUCAAUGCUGCACGGAAGUCGACGGCCGGAUUCUAUGAACUCAAGAACAGGAAGGGGGAUUUCUCCAUCAAGGUCACCAACUGGGGAGCUGCCCUUGUGUCUGCCAUUGUCCCUGAUGGCAAAGGGAACUUGGCUGAUGUUGUCCUUGGGUACGACACUGUUGCUGAAUAUGCUAAUGGCUCUGCUUCAUUCGGAGCGACGGUUGGGCGCGUAGCCAACAGAAUCGCCAACGCCCACUUUGUUCUUGACGGGAAAACCUAUCACCUCCUCCGUAACGACGGGAACAACACGAUUCACGGAGGCCCCAAGGGGUUCGGCAAGGUCAUUUGGACGGUGAAGGAGCAUGUGAGCCAUGGUGACUCCCCAUACAUCACCUUCUACUAUCACAGCUUGGACGGAGAGCAAGGAUUCCCAGGCGCCCUCGACGUGUACGUGAAGUACCAGCUGUCCCGCCCGUACGACCUGAGCAUCCGCAUGAACGUGACUGCGAGGAACAAGGCGACGCCGGUAAACCUCGCGAACCACGCGUACUGGAACCUGGCCGGCCACGGCAGCGGCGACGUCCUCAAGCACGAGCUCCAGAUGUUCGCCUCACACUACACGCCCGUCGACGCAUCCAUGAUACCGACGGGCCAGGUCGCGUCCGUGGCCGGCACAAUGUACGACUUCGGCAGGCGGAUCCCCGUGGGCACCAACAUGAAGAUCGUCCCGGGCGGCGGCGGCGGGUACGACAUGAACUACGCCGUGGACGGGCAGCACGGGCAGCAGAACGCGAUGCGGCCGGUGGCGCGCGUCCUGGAGCCCAAGUCCGGGCGGGCGUUCGAGCUGUGGGCGAACCAGCCCGGCGUGCAGUUCUACACCGCCAGCUGGCUCAUCAACGAGAAGGGGAAGGCCGGGAAGGUGUACGGGCAGUACGGCGCGCUGUGCCUGGAGACGCAGGCGUACCCCGACGCCGUCAACCACCCCAACUUCCCGUCGUCCAUCGUGAGGCCCGGCCAGGUGUACAAGCACGACAUGGUCUUCAGGUUCUCCUACCAGGCCACCUACGACGCGUGAGACGUAGUAGUGCUUGAUCGUCCGUCGUUUCUUGUGGACUGUGCGGUAACAUUUUGGUAGCUUGUGUAAUAAGAUGUGGCAUUGGGACGAGGACAUGAGGUUGCUGUCAUUUGACCGCGUAAUAAAAUGCCGCUUCUACUGGA